GGGAUGAGUGCUGCCCAGUUCGCCAGCGAGUACAUGAGAGAAGUUGCUUCCUUGCUGCAGAAUGAAAAGGUGAUGUCUUUCAAGACAAAGGUCCUGCUGCUCCAGAGCGUGGCGUGUUGGUGCUACUUAAACCCCGACAGCCAGAAGAGGGCCAGACAGAUGGAGCUUCUUCCUAUUUUUGUUGAUUUCUUAGAGGAUCCUUUCCAACCUAACAACAAGCAAGAGGGAAACAGCCACCGCAUCUUCCUGUUUUGGGUCUGCUAUGCUCUCUCAGUCAUGACCUGUAACAACUUAGCUAUCAUAAGGGAGCUGAGAGCCUACAGGUCUCUAAAAUACCACCUACAGAUCUUGGCUAUGGAGAACUGGUCCGGGUGGUCUGAAAAUUUUGCUGAGGUCUUAUAUUUUCUAUUAGGUUUUCACAGGAACUAAUUUUUAUUUUAGUCCAGCUGCAUGACUCAACUAUCCUUGUGCCAUUGUAUUACCCCAGCAACCUGAAGAAUAAAGUC